CAAGAAGAAGAUAAUAUCAAGGCAUCAGUUACUAAAUUAGACCAAACAGCCUUACUUCAAGUUAACAAAUAUCUUCAACUUAAUAAUGCACAAAUUUCUACUGAAGAAGAAUUGAAUAAUAUUAAAAUUCAGCAAAAGAAACAAAGAUCCGAUGAUGCAGAUAAAGAGUCUUCAAAAAUUUCAGUUUCAGAAGGGUUUGAGAGUCUAAGAAAAUUUAUAGAGUUUUUUAAGCAACAAAGUGACCAACAUUUUAAAUCAGAUGAUUUAAAUGUUAUUCAAAAAUAUUUAUCUAUAAUGAGAUGUAAAAACAUAGAGUCUAAAAAGCAAAGUUCUAUUAGAAAUUUUUUUAUACCUGCAAAGGCAAAUUGA